UCUAAAAUAAUAAUCAGCUAGUCACACCAGAUUCAUCAUUAUUGCAAACAUUCAUUGCUUAAAAACUCAUUAAUAUCAUUAUAUAUGUUAGUACCUAUUCUGAGUAGUCGAUUCUUAUUUCCAUAAUUCUUGUUUUAUUUAAUGGAAGAUGUUGAAGUUCCUCACUAUUUUACUUGCCCAAUAUCGCUUCAAAUCAUGAAAGACCCAGUAACAGUCAUAACCGGAAUAACAUACGAUCGAGAUAGCAUCGAACAGUGGCUAUACAAAAUACAGAACCACACUUGCCCUGUAACCAAACAGCCCAUACCUCUAGACUCGGACCUGACACCAAACCACACUCUCCGCCGUCUGAUCCAGGCAUGGUGCACCGACAACUCAUCACGUGGUAUUAACCCAAUACCAACACCAAAGACACCGUUGACCAAAGAUCAAAUCCUUAAACUCCUCAAAGAUCUCGGCUGCCAACCUCUGUUCCGGCUAAAGAUCAUCAAACAGCUCGAACUUCUUACCGCCGAGAACGGAAGGAACUCCCAACUCAUGGCGGAAGCCGGCGUUUUCGACCACGUGUUGUCGUUUAUCGUCACGUGUUUCGAUCAAAAUAACCAAAGUACUGAAGGUCUCGACGAAGCUCUCAGUAUAAUUAAUCUGCUCAGACCUCGGAUCCAUCCCUCUGAACUUAACCGGGUCCGGAUCAACACAGACCGGGUUAUGGAUUCUCUGGCAUGGAUUCUGGGAUGCAGCGACGUGAAAAAUCACGUUAAAGCUGAGGUUAUUACGUUGUUGAAGUUGUUCAUAGAUAACUACUCUAACCCUAGCGAGCUAGGUAGACUGAAUCCCCAGUUCUUCAACUACGUAGUAGGAGUUUUGAAGGGUAGUUUUGGAAAUAAUAAUAAUAUCAAUGCUGUUUUGGAGAUUAUGAUGGAGAUUUGUCCUUGGGGGAGGAACCGGGUGAUGUUGGUGGAAUCUGGGGCGGUUUUCGAGCUGGUGGAUAUUGGGUUCGGGUCAACUAUGAGGAAGACGAUAGAGAUGGUUCUUGGUGUGCUUCUUCAACUGUGUUGUUGUGCUGAAGGGAGAGCUGAGUUCUUGAGGCAUAAGGGAAGCAUCUUCGUUGUCUCAAGUAGGAUCUUUCGGCUAUCUCCGGCAGCCGAUGACCGGGCAGUUAAGAUACUUUCCCUGAUUUGCAGAUUCUCGGGAACCAAACAGGUGCUUCAGGAGAUGCUUGAGGUUGGAGCUGUUUUCAAGCUCUGUGGUUUGCUUCAGACUGAGUGUGAUCAUUAUUUGAAGGAGAAAGCUAGGGAGAUUCUCAAGUCUCAUUCCGAAGAAUGGAAAAAUUCACCAUGUAUAGGGGACUCUCGAUGCUAUCCCAAUUGAAGAAGAUCGUGCUUAUAAACAACUUAUAUUGCACAGAUAAUGAAGAGGUAAUAUAAAAAGAAUAACUAUAUAUCAAAUUUUGAAAGAAUUAUUUAAAUAUAUAUAUAAAUUUGAGGGAGUACAUUUAUCCAUUUGUUGAAUACAUGCUAUCUAAAAUAAUUCAAGUUGGAACUGGGAGUUG